UGCGGUUGUCGUGCUUCUUCCUCGUGACUUUGUUGGUUGUGGCCGCCAUAUCCUCUCUCUCUUUGUCGUUCGUCGCACGUGCGGUAGGCAGCCAUGGGAAAGGAGAAGUCACAUAUCAACAUCGUGGUCAUCGGCCAUGUCGACUCCGGSAAGUCGACGACCACGGGCCAUCUCAUCUAUAAGUUGGGUGGCAUUGACAAGCGUGUGAUCGAGAGGUUCGAGAAGGAGGCGGCUGAGAUGAACAAGCGGUCCUUUAAGUACGCUUGGGUGUUGGACAAGCUGAAGGCGGAGCGUGAGCGUGGUAUCACCAUCGACAUCGCUUUGUGGAAAUUCGAGACGACGAAGUACUACGUGACUGUCAUCGAUGCGCCCGACCAUCGCGACUUCAUCAAGAACAUGAUCACGGGCACUUCGCAGGCGGACUGCGCUGUGCUGGUGAUUGACUCGACGACGGGAGGUUUCGAGGCGGGUAUCUCGAAGGAUGGGCAGACCCGUGAACACGCCCUGCUGGCGUUCACGCUGGGCGUGAAGCAGAUGAUCUGUGCGUGCAACAAGAUGGAUGCCACUACGCCCAAGUACUCGGAGAACAGGUACAACGAAAUCAACAAGGAGGUGUCGACCUACCUGAAGAGGGUCGGGUACAACCCUGACAAAAUCCCAUUCGUGCCCAUCUCCGGCUUCGAGGGCGACAACAUGAUCGAGAGGUCUUCGAACAUGGCGUGGUACAAGGGCCCGAUUCUUUUGGAGGCUCUCGAUCUGAUUUCGAAGCCGAAGAGGCCGUCCGACAAGCCUCUGCGUCUGCCUCUUCAGGACGUGUACAAGAUUGGCGGUAUUGGAACGGUGCCCGUGGGAAGGGUGGAGACGGGCGUCAUCAAGCCUGGCAUGGUGGUGACGUUUGCACCCUCUGGGCUGACCACUGAAGUGAAGUCGGUGGAGAUGCACCACGAGGCAAUGACCGAGGCGCUCCCUGGUGACAACGUGGGGUUCAACGUGAAGAACGUGAGCGUGAAGGAGUUGAAGAGAGGAUUCGUGGCCUCGGACUCGAAGAACGACCCCGCGAAGGAGGCGGCGAGCUUCAYGUCCCAGGUKAUCAUCAUGAAUCACCCUGGGCAGAUCGGUAACGGGUAUGCGCCGRUGCUGGAUUGCCACACGUGCCACAUCGCGGUGAAGUUUGCGGAGCUGGUGGUGAAGAUCGAUCGGCGAAUGGGCAAGGAGCUCGAGAAGGAGCCCAAGUUCCUGAAGAACGGAGACGCUGGGUUCGUGAAGAUGGUUCCAACGAAGCCGAUGUGUGUCGAGACCUUCGCCCAGUAUCCCCCUCUGGGUCGUUUCGCCGUGCGUGACAUGAGGCAGACGGUGGCCGUCGGCGUGAUCAAGGCCGUGGAGAAGAAGGAGAAGGAAGGCAAGGUGACGAAGGCCGCCAUGAAGAAGGGAGGAAAGUGAACUGGUAGCUUGUCUCCUCGUCAUGUGGAAUCGGUGCGGGAUUCCGACCUGUUUCUAUUGUUGGGAAGAUCCCGUCAUGUGAGUGCCGUAAUUACGUAUGAUUUUCUGAGUCACGUAGAGGCAGCUUUAGCAGCUGAUGGUGGUUUCGCCGGCGGUUUGGCAGCUGGAGAUCUAGUACACUCGGGAGUAUUCGGUAGGACCUUCGUUUUUUUUCCUGUUUUCCGACGGGGGGUGGGAUUAGGGGACGACAGUGUUUCUAAGAAAAAAAACAUCGAUGGGCUGAGGGAGUGGUCGUUUCGGUGUCUUUCGGGUGACGCUAGGUCAACGGAAGACGUCUGUCGGGGGAUUCUUUCUCCGUCAUUCUCAUCUUGGAGUUCUGUGCUGCGUCUGUUCGGUCAGUACGACGAUCGGAUGGCUAUAGAUCGAUCGCGGCAGACCUGGGUGCUCGAUAGGCGAUGGCGUGGGUAGGGAAUAUGGGUUAAUUCUCAGCUUGUGUUCUUCUUCGAGAUUUGCUUUAUUCUUUUUCGGAUUGCCGAGUAGCCUUGAGU